AAGAGAAACCCCGAUUGGCUCGACGGUGGAGACAUUGUUGUGGAGAGUCUUCAGUCUUUCUUUUGCCGUUUAGAAAAUUCAGCGAGUUUCUAACCAGCUACCCGCGGAGCAGCGCUUGCAGGAGGGUUUGGUGCCUCUGAGUUCACCGUAAAGAUGUCGGUAGUCCCUCCGAGUCGUUCGGCCACCGGCUGGCCGCGCGGCGGUGCCGUUCAAUUCGGGAACAAGUACAUAAGCGGGCCCGCUAAACCGCUCACCCUGGAGAGGACCAUCAACCUAUAUCCUCUCACCAACUACACAUUCGGCACCAAGGAGCCUCUGUAUGAGAAGGACAGCUCGGUGGCUGCCAGGUUCCAGCGGAUGCGGGAAGAGUUUGACAAGAUGGGCAUGCGGAGGACGGUGGAGGGCGUCCUCAUCGUCCACGAACACAGGCUGCCUCACGUGUUACUUCUGCAGCUCGGCACGACUUUCUUCAAACUGCCCGGCGGAGAGUUGAGUCCCGGAGAGGACGAGGUGGAGGGUCUGAAACGUCUGAUGACGGAGAUUCUCGGGCGGCAGGAUGGAGUGAAGCAGGACUGGGUGAUCGACGACUGUAUCGGUAAUUGGUGGCGCCCCAACUUUGAGCCUCCACAGUACCCUUAUAUUCCAGCUCACAUCACCAAACCGAAGGAACACAAGAAGCUCUUCCUGGUUCAGCUGCAGGAAAAAGCGCUCUUUGCUGUUCCCAAGAACUAUAAACUAGUGGCCGCACCAUUGUUUGAACUAUACGACAACGCUCCUGGAUAUGGACCAAUCAUUUCCAGUCUACCGCAGCUAUUGAGCAGGUUCAACUUCAUCUACAACUAACUUGAGGGAACUGAAGUACACGUGGCUGUCUCUGUGAGUGCAGCCGAAUGCAAGAAACCAUGGGGUCAAAAAAAAAAAGCUUCCACAUCUGGCUCAACUUCCACAAAAGAAAUUUUUCAUGUCAGCUAUAUUGACAGUCCACAGGGGUGUUUAUACUGUUGUUAGAAGAAAAUGAAAAUGUCACAUCUGUUUUUUUCUUUUUUCUUUUUUUUUAACCUUGAGAAACUGCUGGCUUUUGUAGUGUGCAGGUCUGUGCUCCGGUGUGUUAAGAAUCUGAUUUUAUGUUCUCUCAGAGGAGGCCAGUGUUUGAUUAAACAAACUACAACAUUGAGUUUCCUGUUGUUUUAACCUGUAACAAUGUGUUUUUCUUUUUAAUAAAGCAGUCUUUUGAGUAUGUUUUUAUAAACAA